UGUAGCGCUCAUCUUCCCGCCAAUUCAACCCUAAUCUGAAACAGCCGAACGGAACCCCAUAAUCCACAUAGUCGCCGGACUGAGGAGCUCUGUUUUGGUAGUGUUUGCAAAUGACCAAAAUUUUCCGUGUGGUAGCUCUGGAUCAGCUAUCAUUCGUCAACCUGUUCCUUCCAGGUAGCUGUUGUGACUGAGAACGGGGUUGAAAUCUUGUCCACAAUUGGAACCUCAGUCUUGUUUAGUAAAGGCGACUGGUAUAUGGAUAAUUUACACCAGCAAACUGCAUGCUCUGCCGGCGCAGAAGCAAUUCUAAGCCUUCAACCCAGCUCUUCAAUUUCUCUCACUUAUCAUUCUCUAUUUGGCCCCCACAAUGACCUUAUGCUUCUUGAACUCGACGACAAGCUCCUCCCUGACAUCCUGCAUCAAAGAGUAACACUAAGAGGACAGCCUGAUGAGGAUGCAGUUCUUUGUACUUCGUCAAAGACAUAUGCUGUUAAAUUUGUGGGUACAUCAAAUUCCAUGCUUCUCAUACCUCCCUCAGAGGAUGUCUCCAGAUCCCGUAAUAACAAAGAUGAUGGCAGCUUGGCAGUUGCAUCUGUCCUCAAGGUUGCUCCCGGUUGCAUGGAAAUUGUUGAGGUAGCACCAAAAUUAGAUGAACUAAAAUUGCUCCUCUCUCAAAAACCUUACAGUUUUGGUGAAGCCUCAGAGAUGGACAUAUCAGAGGAGAGGGAGGAGACAGGGUUGGGUCUAUACAGGUGGGAGGAUCUAGUCGAAAGGAUCCGGGCAAGUGAUGAGGAAUUAAAGAUGGGUCUGCAAUCCAUUUCAGCAGUAGAAAUUGAUGGAUACUGGCGGAUUUUGGAUGACAGUUAUAUGCACGCCAUCCUAAGCAUGCUUUUGCACAAUGUGAUAUUGAACAAUUGGUCUAUCAAUGCACUUGAUGAGGAUGAAGUUCUGGGCAUGCUGGAAGCAGAUGGAUUUCCUAGAAAUAUUGCAAAGCAUUGCUUGCAAGCCUAUGGCAGUAAGGUGGAUGACGAGGGUGUUUGUGUAAGUCAUCUGUGGAAAUUGGACGAGAGGUGUGUUUGUGUGUGCCUAGCAAGAGAAAUCCUGAAAGGAGGGAAGAUGAAACUUGAAAUCUUUAUGGAGAAGUGGACGCGGAAGCUUCCUGAUGGGAUGUGUGCUAGUUUUGAGAUGUUGGAAGGUGAAAUUCUAACAGAAAAGCUAGGAAUUGAAACUUGGUUGUAUCCUUUCAGUGUGUCUUCUCUCCCUUCGACUCCCGCAGAGCGGUUUUCCAUACUGUUUCAGCAGCGGCUCAAGUGGGAGUGGAAGGAUCUGCAGCCAUAUGUUCGGGAUCUAAAGGUGCCAGGCCUUACUUCAGAGGCUUUACUCCUCAAAUAUACUAGAAGAAGUCAGCCUACUGCUGAGGCAGAGCCUGUUUUCAGUGCUAGAUAAUACACCUUUUUACGGCGUUUACGUUUUCAGGUCGAAAGUUGAGUCUAGGAUUAAAAAUUUUAGCAAGCAGACACUCUUCUUCACCUGGUAUGCUCUAACUCAGCCGUAAAUUGUGUGGGGAAAUAAAGACUUUACGUGGGUUUGAUCCAAGUGAAAUAUGGAAACUUCGUUAGAAACUUAAGAGGUGGUGAUGAAGCAGUGAACAUUUAGCCACUUCUUUCAACUAAAAAUGUGGCCGACACACUCAUUUACUCAACUGUUUGUUGAAAAAUCAUGUAUUGCAAGUAGUAUCUUAAAAUAGUGUCCCACAAAUGCAUUACUCCUACUACUAUUGUAUUCACUUGUUGUCUGCCAUGAGCUGUGAGCGGGUCAAGGAUAUGUCUAAAUCAGCAAUCACAUCUAUUAAUUCCUUGGUACAUUUUACUUUUC